GCGAUAUUGAUGAUCGCACUGCUGCGCGUUUGUUAUAGCAGAGCGGGGUUUUUAAAUGACCCGCGUUGACGGCCCCUUUUAACGACUGCUGGCGGGUUAUAAGACAAGGCGCAAAAUUACUGGCGCCAGCUCAGAGCGAGCGGACUGCGGAACACAUCACAGCUUAGCCAUAUGCUCCCUGCAUUCAGACUCGAUCAGUUUUUCUAAAUAAUGCCUUGUGUCACACCAUCCUAACUUUUGUGUUUGAGGAUAUCCGUGGAGAGAACGCAUUUUCAGAGAGCAUCAUAUUAAGGCUCUCGACACUCAACAAGGUCACACGCGUGGAUACCAUGCCAAGCAAGAAAGUACUACGAACAGAGCAGAUUAACACUACAGAUGAAGCUCCUAAAACCAAUUCUGUGCGUCCCAGGAAGAGGAAAGCAGACGUGGCUAUUCAUUUACACGAUCUAGAUGAGGAAAUCGUAGAGAUGACCAGAAAGAAAUCAUGUGCACCCCAGGCCUGCUGGAAUCCUGACACUGGUUACACAAGCCCAUGCAGGCGGAUCCCCACACCUGAUGAAGUCGAGGAACCGGUUGCUGUUGGCAGCAUGGGAUUCACACAGUACGCCACAGAAAGCAUUUUCAUCACCCCCAUGCGCUCUACCCCUCUGCCGGCCCUCUGCUGGGCAAGCAAAGAUGAUGUGUGGAACAACCUGCUUCGAAAAGACAAACUUUACUUGCGAGAUAUGCAUGUUAUGGAGAGACAUCCGAAUCUUCAACCCAAAAUGAGAGCGAUUCUGCUGGAUUGGCUAAUGGAGGUUUGUGAGGUGUACAAGUUACACAGAGAAACGUUUUACUUGGGUCAAGACUACUUCGAUCGCUUCAUGGCCACACAAGAGAAUGUUCUUAAAACAACACUACAGCUUGUAGGCAUCUCAUGUCUCUUUAUAGCUGCCAAAAUGGAGGAAAUUUACCCUCCUAAAGUGCAUCAGUUUGCUUACGUCACUGAUGGGGCAUGCUCUGAGGAUGACAUUCUUAACAUGGAAAUUAUCAUCAUGAAGGAGUUGAAUUGGAGUUUGAGUCCUUUAACCCCAGUGGCUUGGCUCAACAUCUACAUGCAGAUGGCCUAUCUAAAGGAGACUGCUGAAGUUCUCAUAGCCCAGUACCCACAGGCUACAUUUGCGCAGAUCGCAGAGCUCUUGGAUCUGUGUGUACUGGAUGCAAGAAGUCUGGAGUUCUCUUACAGCCUCAUCGCAGCUUCUGCACUCUUCCACUUCUCUUCUCUAGAGCUAGUGAUGAAAGUUUCAGGGCUGAAGUGGUGUGAUUUGGAGCAGUGUGUGAGAUGGAUGGUCCCUUUCGCCAUGUCUAUUCGUGAGGCAGGCAGCUCAGCCCUCAAGACCUUCAAAGGAAUAGCAGCAGAUGACAUGCACAAUAUCCAGACCCAUGUGGCUUACUUGGAAUGGCUAGGGAAGGCGCACUCAUAUCAGCAAGUGGACAUCGAGAGCAGUCAGAGGUCUCCGAUUCCCUCUGGAGUGCUCACACCACCACACAGUAGCGAGAAGCCCGAGAACACUGUCUCCUGACUUCCCUAAUGUAUGAAAUAGGACAGCCCUGACUGAGUUGAAGUGAAAAUCAACAAAUGAAUGGCAUUACGGAACAAACCCAGCUAUCAGUUCACAUGCAUAAGACUGAAAAGACCAAAAAUGUCUUUUUUUUUUUUUUUUUCUUUUUUUUUUUUUUAAAUGGUCCAAAGGGUCUGUUUUGUUUUUGUUUUUUUUAUUAUUAUUUUUUUUUUUUUUAGUUUACAAAUGUAGACUACCUGCCAAAAUCUCAGAGCUGUAACUGGCUCUGAUUGCUGCUAAAAGAGGGUGGGACUGGAGCAGAUGGGAAGAUGACCACAGAGAUCCCCACACAAACAUGGGCAUGGGUUUCUGUUGCUCAGGUUGCCAUUUGGACCAGCAAAAUCCUGACAGGUUGUCACGGGGACUCAAGUCUCCACUGCCAGAAUGGACCAGAGAAAUCACCAGCUUCAGAAGCUUGGACUCUGAUUUUUAUAUUUAAGAUUUUCGCUUCCUGUGUUUAACCAAAUUUGACCAUUCACUUUUUAUAGGUAUGUUUUUAAAUGAGAUGCUGCUACAUUUCUCUAGAUCAUAUUUCUAAAUAAAGCCACUGUCUCAGACAGUUUUUAUGAUUACCAUA